CAAACCGAGGCAAAGCUCAGCUACGAAGCCGCGAAUCUCCAAGCUCAAGAGAGAGAAAGGGGGACUUGGUAUUCCCACCCAGCCUCGGCUCUAAUCGCCACCGUAAACAGGAUCGCCACAGGUGCUCAUUAGAAGAAGAAUUAACUAUUUGUAAUUCUAUCACUGAGAAGACUUCUCUAGUUAUCGAAAUGCCUGUUGCUUCAACCAACUCUGAGACAGCUAUGCAGCAGGUCCUGGACAACCUCGGUGACCUCCCCAAUUCCAUGGGAGCUGGAGAUCUGGAUCUCAUCUUUCUCCGUGGCCUCAUGGAGAGUCCAAUAGUAAGGUCAUUGGCUAAGGCUCAUGAGCGGCUGGAGGAGACAAAGCUGGAGGCUGUGCGGGACAACAAUUUGGAGCUGGUCCAGGAGAUACUUAAAGACAUCACACACAUUGCUCAGCAAGAUAGCACAGCAGCUGAACUGGCUCGCAUCCUCCAAGAGCCCCACUUCCAGUCCCUUUUGGAAACCCAUGAUUCUGUUGCCUCUAAGAGUUACGAGACUCCACCACCCAGUCCUGUCCUGGACCCCAUGUUCAACAACCAGCCAGUUCCACCAGAUGCUGUACGCAUGGUGGGAAUUCGUAAGACUGCUGGAGAACACCUGGGUGUGACUUUCCGUGUGGAGCGUGGUGAGCUGGUUAUUGCACGUAUCCUACAUGGUGGCAUGAUUGAUCAACAGGGGUUGCUUCAUGUGGGUGAUAUUAUCAAGGAGGUGAAUGGGCAAGAGGUGGGUAGUGACCCACGAGCCCUCCAAGAAGUUCUAAAAAAUGCAAGUGGGAGUGUUGUACUCAAGAUCCUGCCCAGUUAUCAGGAGCCACAUCCACCACGCCAGGUGUUUGUGAAAGCGCAUUUUGACUAUGAUCCAGUCACUGAUAACCUCAUUCCCUGCAAGGAAGCUGGUCUGAAAUUUGUAGCUGGAGAUCUUCUUCAGAUUGUCAACCAGGAUGAUCCCAACUGGUGGCAGGCCUGCCAUGUGGAAGGUGGUAGUGCAGGGCUGAUCCCAAGCCAGCUGCUCGAAGAGAAACGCAAAGCUUUUGUGAAGCGCGACCUUGAAGUCACACCAUCUUCAGGGGCCCUGUGUGGAAGCCUUAGUGGGAAGAAAAAGAAAAGGAUGAUGUAUCUGACCACCAAAAAUGCAGAGUUUGAUCGACAUGAGCUGCUGAUCUAUGAGGAAGUGGCUCGAAUGCCUCCUUUCCGCAGGAAAACUUUGGUGCUGAUCGGUGCCCAAGGGGUUGGACGGCGUAGUAUUAAGAACAAGCUUAUCAUGUCUGACCAGUCUCAGUAUGGAACUACCAUCCCAUACACCUCACGGAGGCCCAAGGAGCAUGAAAAAACUGGACAAGUCUACAGCUUUGUGACUAGAAGUGAGAUGGAGAGAGACAUCAAAGCAGGCCGCUAUUUGGAACAUGGUGAAUAUGAGGGGAACCUCUAUGGAACUAAGAUUGAUUCCAUCCAUGAGGUUGUGGAGUCAGGCAAAAUGUGUAUCCUGGAUGUUAACCCACAGGCUGUGAAGGUGUUGAGGACAGCUGAGUUCGUCCCAUAUGUGGUGUUCAUUGAAGCACCAGAUUUUGAGACUUUACGAGCUAUGAACAAAGCAGCUUUGGAAAGUGGUGUAGCUACUAAGCAACUCACGGAUGCUGACCUGAAGCGAACUGUGGAUGAGAGCUGCCGAAUCCAGCGAGGCUAUGGGCAUUACUUUGAUCUCUGCUUAGUGAAUGAUAAUAUGGAGCGGACAUUCCAGCAACUUCAGGUGGCCUUGCAGAAGCUGUACAAUGAACCACAGUGGGUUCCUGUCAGCUGGGUUUACUAGAAAGGAGUUCCCCUCUCCUGUCCAUAGCCUCUGAGCCUUGAUUUUCCCCACCUUCUACUAUCUCCAUUUUUGCCAGGGGACCCUAGACUUUUUUUUUUUUAAUGUGCCCAAGUCCCUUUUCAACCAUCAACCUUACUCAAGUGUCUAGGCUGUGUAGAUUAAAUUCAGUUGGCUUCACUCUAUUCUAAAGAAAAGGUGUCUUCUCAUUCUGUUUCAGAACACCUUCAGCCUGCCAGGAAUUUUUUUUUUAUUGCCAUAAGUGAAUGGAUGUCCUUCAUCUCCUUCUCUCUUUUUUUUACAGUAAGUUGUUUAAAUAUGAAUUCAAUCUGGUGAACACAGAAUUGGAGGAGGAGUGGAGCAGAGCUACGCAAUACCUACAAUGCCUUGCUAGAUUUGCUACUCCUGAUCCUCUCUUUUGUAAUUCAACCAUUGUGAGAUGAGAAGGAUAUUUCUCCAGUCACAGCUAACUCACUGCCAAAACCCCUGUUUUUCUAAAUGGACCACAAUUCUGAUAUUGCCAAAAGAACUUGUCCGCCUGAGAUAACUGGAUGUCUUGCUCACUGAGAUUGUUGAACCAGGGCAGAAUACCUUGCCCACAUUUUAAGGGAAUUUAUGGAUACAUCCAUAAAAAGUUUAUAGUGGGAAUAUAUGAAUGAUUGGUCUUUUGGCAGGAACUUUGGUUUGGAACCUAAUGGCCUGGAAACACUAGGGCAGUGAUAAGAAGCAAGUGCUUUUCUCAGUUUUGCUAUCUAUAAAAUGGGGCUAAGUACAAUGGUAAUUAUGUUUACACUCUGUGGUAUUAUUUGUAAAAAUGGUGCAAAAUUUCUUGCUUGAAAUUUUUGGAAACUUAUAACAGACAAGGUGGAUCAAUGAUCUAGCUAAACCCAACAGCUUUAAAUAAAAUUUCCUACAUUCAACUGAGAUUUCAUCCUUAUCCUACCAGCCUUCCAGAAACUGACACAAAGAUGCUUGAUUGUCAAAUUAAACAUAAUUAUUUCAGUAUUAAUCAAUCUAGGUACUUUUCCAAGUUAUGGAUUUCAUCUUCCAUAAUUCUCAGUCCUAUCAUGCUGACUGGAAAAUUCUUGGAGUUGAAAUCUAUACAUCUGACAAAUGCCCACAUUGGCAAAGGACUGGCCUGUAUUAAUCAUUGAUCCAAAUCACUGCUGCUUCACAAUAAUUGUAUAGGUAUUCCUUGACUUACAACCAUUUGUUUAGUGAACAAAGUUACAAUGGCACUGAAAAAAGUGACUAUUAUGACCAUUUUCACACUUACGACCAUUGCAGUAUCAAUAUGAUUUGUAUAUUUGGCAAGUGGUUCAUAUUUAUGACAAUUGCAGAGUCCCAGGGUCAUGUGAUAAUCUUUUGUGACUUUCUGACAAGCAAAGUCAGUGGAAAAGCCAGAUUCAAUUAACAACUGUGCUUCUAACUUAACACUUGCAGUGAUUCACUUAACAAUUGUGGCAAGUAAGAUUGUAAAAUGGGGCAAAACUCACUUUACAACCGUCUCGCUUAGCAACAGAAAUUUGGACUCUCUUGUGCUUGUAAGUUGAGGACUGCCUGUAAUACACGCUGAUGCAUGCCAUAAAUCUCUUCCCCACAAUUUCUAUAUCCAUUCAAUGCAGGCCUCUCAACCUACACUAUCUAAAUGUGUGAACUUCAGGAUUCCCUAGGCAACACAGCCAUUAUUAAGAAUUCCUUGUGUUGAGGAUGGCUGACUCAGUUCCUUGGUUGUGCCAACUUUGCCUUCAGUGGGAUUCUGUUGGGUUGGAGAAAUGCCCGUGAUAGACCAUUCAGUUUCUCUCCAAUUUGGCUUUUGCCAUAAUGCUAGGUUCAUGAUUCUAGGGUUCUUGAGAGAGCAAUUACCACUACCUCACAUACUAUGGCAGCUGUUAAAUGGUGGCAGAAGCCUCUGCAGACCAAGGGUAAGACCUCGGGCUCAGCUUUUCACUGCCAGAUCUGGAAGGGCAUUUCUAGCAAUCCUUUUAUAUGCAUUCAUUUCUUUAUUUUGCCCCUGUCCUAAUUCUGAUUUUUCCACAUCUUAAAUAAUGCUUGGAAAAAUGCUGAGUCUGCCUAAAUUGAUUGGAACAGGGAUAGGGCAAUGUAAAAGGAUGAGAUUAAUAGCCCUGAUGGAUCUAGUUUAGUUAGCCCAGGAUUCUGUGUGUCACACAGCGGCCAACCACUCAGAAAUGAUCUCCCUCUUUCUACCCUAAUCUCUAGGGUAGAUUGCCCCGUAUGCUGGAGAAAGCAUGAAUUUGUCUUGCCUUCUUUUAAAACAAUUAAAUUGUGGCCAUACCACAUCUGACAGCUGCACACACUGUAAUUUAGCUAGGCUUUGUGUAAUUUCACUAUACUGGUUCUGAAGCUUCCCUGCAUUUGAAUUCAGAAUGGAAAGACUUCCUUUUUCAACUGGAAAAAAUGACUAACAUGGGUGACUCGGUUACUGCACACCAUGCCACCUCUCUCUUGUUAGAUUUUCCUUUCCUGUAACCAGAGCAUAUACUUUGUAAAGCAAUAACUCCAUCUGCUGGUAAUCAAAUCUGGUGGGCCUAUAAUUUUAAUGUCCUACAAGAACUGUUCAGGGAAUUUGAUUCAGUUGACUAUUAUGGGGACAGCAAUGCAUUGAGGCAGCUUUAUAUUUAAGUAUUGACUGCAGCUCAAACUUCACCCCCCCUUCUUUUUGGAAGUAUUUCCAUAUGGCAUUAAAUACACACAGAUCGGGGAAAGGGGUAAUGCUGGGGACAGUUGGUGGGUGGGUCCAAAUAAUUAAAUGUUUUGCUAUUGGCCUAGUAGGAUGUCCACUUUGUCAAUGUAGAAGCCCAUCUUCAUAGCAAUCUUUUUCUGAUGUGGCCACAAUAUAUUCUAGAUUACCUCAUUAAUGAUUUGGGGACCAUUAUUCUAACCCACAUUUUCUUCCCCAUUUGCUAAGUAAAGAAAGCAUGCCAAAAAACCUCGCCAAAAUUUAUCAGAUUUAUCCCAUAUUUCCCUUCCUGUUGUUACCACAACCUCCACACUUCGAAUGUGAUGAUUUGGGCUUUACUCUGUGAUCAAUACACAAUAGAUUUAAAGUAAUCUACUGAGGUGGCCCUUUGAAGUGGAUUAGAUGAAGGAAACCAUUGGUGUCUAAGUGGAGCAUCCAUGUUUUUCAAGACAGGGCCUAUAAGGAUUUGGCUUUCUUGUCAAACAGCAAAACGGUCCCACACCAAUCCUGUUUUACAUUUUUCCCUUCAUGUUACUUAAUGUUCAUUUCUCCUGUGCUUAAGCCCUUUGCAUUCCCUCAGUUUUGAUCCUUCCAUCUGUGUGUCCUCAAACAACCCAAAUGUAACAUUUAUCUGGCUUUAAAUUCUUGCUUCCAGCAUUUUUUGUCUUGGUAAUUACAAGGGCUAGAUUUUUUUUUUUGUUCCUUUCUAUAAUAUUAGUCAUUAAAACACAGCUAUAAUAUACAUGGUCAAAUAAGAAAUUAUCCACAGAACAGUCCACUUUGUUACUAUUUUAGUGACAAUUUAUUUAGGCACUUCCCUUUCUACAUGCAUUUAUAUAUGUUACCAGUGAACAACAUUAACAUUUCUAAAAUUUUUGCUUAUAUAUAAAUAUAUAUAUAUAAUAUGUCUGUAUGUGUGUGUAUUUAAAACUGCAUAUACUGUGAAAUAGAAUUCCUUGGAACUGUCACUUCCUGUGUUGUUCUUCUUCCUGUUUUAAUUUCUUUUAAAAAAAAUCUUGCAGUUAUCUUCCCCUUGAAUAAUCUGGCGUGUUUUUAAAACCAGAAUCAUUAUUUAAAAGGUAAAUAGUUAAGUGUCUAUUUACUGUCUGUGCUAGACAAGUUUUCUCAAAAGUGUUGUUAUUUCAAUUAGCACCAUGUACCUGCAAAUGAUGAUUUAUAUCUUUUUUUUUUUUAAAAAAAAAACAUGUCUUGAAGGCUUGGCUUGGCAGAAUAUCUUCUUCUUUAUAAGUGUUUCUUUCCUCUUGAUGCUAGGCAAAAAUGCAUUCAUUGUAGAUAGCCAAAAAAGAAAUUAUUCAAGUUUUCCUAUUUUGAAUUAUGUUUUAUUAUAAUUGGAUAUUUAUUUGUAAACAAGAGCAAUUCACUGAAUAUAGGAAUGUUUCAAGUUUAUAAUGCAGUUAUUAUCAAUCACAUAAAGAAACUAAUUUGAACUUUCAGUGCAAAUACUUGAUCUUUGCUACUCAGUUCUGACCUCAUAGUUGCUCUUGUAUUGGUUUGGGUUUUUGCAAAUUAUUCAGAUCUGUGUUGAUUUGUUCAGGCACCUUGGAGUGGAGAUGUUUUGUGGUUCCUAUUCUCCUUCCAAAGUGCUUCUUCUGUAUUUCUACUAGAGCUUGGUUUGCCAACCCUUGUUUUUAAAAAUUGUGCGAUCUGCUCUGCUUGUUCAGUAUCUAUUUUCCUGGCUGUUUUUACCCCUGGUUCACUACAAAAUGGCAGUGGCAGUCACAGGGGUCUUUGCAGAAGACCAUUAACUAGAGAGCAUCAGAUAUUGUUCCAGUGAGAAGCAUAGAUAAGUAAAUUAUGCUACCACCCAAAAGUGGUAAAAACAGCAAUGGCCAAAAAAAUCAAUAUCUUAAAACAAGAAACAGUAGUUCGAGAAAGAAUUCUGUAGAGCAUUCAAAUGUUCAAUGUAUUUAGCCACUGACUGCCAUGUAUAUCAUCAGAAGUGGCUUCAUUCUAGUCCAGAAGAUAUCUGUGUGGUGUAUCCUUCUUUAGAUUUGGCUAAAGAUUCUCCUUACCUAAUCAAUGGGAAGAUACAUUAAAAAAAAAAGCAGUUAGUCAGUGCCUUGCUUUCCUUGUUCCAUCAUGGUGUCAAUGUUUUGCAGCAAGGAAAAAUAUUGUUUUAGAGUUUCAGUUAGACACUGCAGGGAAGUAGUCAAAUUUUUCCUUCAUUUGCAAUUGGGAAGGAGGAGGACAAGUGAAGAGGGGUACCACAGCUUCAAAAAAGGAGGUGAAAAUUCUGAGUAGAUAGGCAGGAUGAAAUGCCUGUUUUUGCCAAUGAAAAAUUUACAACAGCUUUAGAGGAAUUACUGCAAAACUGCUGUCAUUGGAUUUCCUUGCAGCUUCCCAAAGUCCAUGCUUGAGAUGUGGAAUGUAGCAAUGUCAAUAAUUUCAGACUGGUACAGUCUGAAGGGAGGGAUCCUUAUUGUCUGCAAGAAGUAGAUUAAAUGGUAUAUAAAAGAAAAAAAUACAUAAAUAAACAUGAUCAGUCAGAUGUUUGUGGAGGUCCACUAGCUAUGGAUUUUGGGGAAAAAUAGGAGGAAGGUGUGCUAGAUAUGUUCACCACUACCUCAAGUUACUUUUGAAAAUUAUAAAGACGGGAUACAAAUAAAUAAAUAAUAACUGCUUUCAAAAUGUUCAUAGGAAUAAUGGCAAAAAGAUGGAUAAUAAUAAAAUAGGAGGAGAAUAGAGGCAAGAGGCAGGAAGUAUGCAAGAGAAGGCAUUGCAGUUGGCAUCUAUUUACCAGAAACUUUUAUUCCUAAACCACGUGAUUCAAAAUAAGAAUGUUUGCAUUCAUGAACAUCAGGUUCUGUAAAUGUUUGUGCUUCUCCAACUUCCACUGGAUCAUCCAACAACAAUAGUCAGUUUGGAUUUGCAGUCUAACAGCAUCUACUGAAGUGAAUACUCUUCCCCCCAACUCCAGGAUUAGAUUCCAUCAGCUCAUUCCUAUUCACUCCUAUUCAGAAUUAAUUCAAACUGAGUUCAAUGGGUCUUCAAGAUAUGAUUUUAUUGGAAUUAUUGCUGAAUAAGUAACUGGGUUGGACACCCAUUGUGUGGAGCCCACUGUGGCUCCAGAAAUAAUUGUAAGUCAGAUAAAAUGUGAACAUUAUUGAUCUAUAUCAAUAAAGAGGGAUUAGGAACCAAAAUAAUUCCCUCCGCUUCUUAAUGUUUUUCUACCUCUCCAAUAGUUCAUCAGAUCUUGUGUUGCCAUUUUGGCCCUCUUUUUAAAAGAGAAAUUCACACUUUUUUUUAGUAAUUCUUUGCAUUGUAAUGUACUUUCUUUGAGAACUCUGAUACUGUUGUGUAUUUUUCUCUUUAUUAUAUCUAUUAUAAUCCUAUAGCUACUAAAUGAAACUGUUUCCUCUUUGUUAUAUUUCUGUUUACAUAUUAAAUUUUAGGAAAAAAACCAAACCCACAA